GGCAAUCUAACCCUUUAUCUAAUGCUCUCCACAUGGACUAACCAUUGAGAUCAUCCACGCACUGUUCAAUCCUCGCCGUUUCAUACGGAGUACCCUCCGUUUACUCCCUCAACACUAAGUCAUUCUAAUAUGCACAGGAGUUUCCCUGGUGACGGAGUCCAUGGCAAUCAAUAAAAAUGUUACUGGACAACGCAAUCAAGUUGACUUUCUUGUACAGCGAAAUAACCCCUUGUUCGAUUGUGUUGUCAAGUGCAAUGCGUGCCCUUUUUUUCGUCUGACUUAUGGUAUCGCUUAUAUUCUGUUUUUGCUUUCUAAUUCUUCCAAUGUGUUGUCUGUCAGUUUUGCCAUGUUGGGCAUCUCCAACCCAGCAAAUGUCUUUGAAUACCUACUCUCAAGGCGAGUGCCUAUUGCUCAUGCAUGGUAAACUUUUUUUAGUUGAUUGAGACAUGUGCUCUUACUUGCUUCAUACUCCACAGAGCAUUGUUGAUAUUUCCUCUUGCAAUGAUGACUGUGGCAAUCUGAAAUACCAAGUGAACUACUUCUGCGGCGUUUUAGAUUGUGCGAUGGAAGUCUCCACAGACGGGGACGUGAAAGCAAACAGCAAUUCUACAUCUAUCAUUGACUGCUCCAUCACCUUCUAUUGUUUACGUGCUUUUGCUUUCGUCAG